GGUUUGUGUAUCUCAGCGGGUAGGAAGUGGACACAAUGGUCUCUUGGUGCUUGAUCUGUUGUGGAUCUAUCUCCCUUUGGCCUGUCCAACCGAGAGUGCUUCUCCUUACUCUGGUAUCUCUUAGAUAUGUCUUAGAACUUUCAGAAAUCUCCAGGGCACCAUCAAGAGGAAGCACAUCCUAACAACCUCCUCCAAUAGUUACCCAUAUUUCAGGGCCUCAGAAUUUGUCGGGGUGACAUCCGGUUAUCAAAAAAAAAUACUUACCAUAUUUCCUGAUGUGCAGUUACAGGAUGCGCUUCCCUCUCCCAGUUAGAAGGAUGCACUUCUUCAUCUCUUUUGGACCCACUGAACUUGCAUAAAUAAACAACCUGAUUAGAAACUCAGCUAUCGCUUCUCUUGCGGGCUGCUUUGCUUCUCACCUGGUCACUAGACUCACUACUAGUCCCUAGUGCCACUUGGCACGUAUCCCCCUUUCUGUUGACCUUUCAUCAUCAUUAUAUCAUGGACUAUUUUUAAUUAUAGUAUCAUCCAAGUCUGGAAUUUCAUUUCAUUUCAAGUUUCUAAGAAGCAGUAAAUGUAGGACAGAUGGGGAACUAUUGAUACUUCUCUUUUUGUCAUUCUACUGCAGAUUAUCAUGCCAAGAUUAAAUUGGAGGUGGCUACUUGCAGUAUCAUCUGUACCAUCUUUUAUGGCACUUCUCUUUUAUGGUCCUACACCAGAGUCCCCCAGGUAUUUAUGCACGAAAGGUAGAAUAACUGAUGCACAGAAAAUCCUGGAGAAAAUAGCAAGACAAAACCAGAAAAGCCUCCCUUCUGGCGUGCUUGUUUGUGAUCAAAGUAUAGGGGUUGAUGAAGUAUAUGCUCCAUCAGAGGAUAACAGUUUACUUUGCCCAAUAGGGAAAAAACCCAACGUUCUUAGAGCAGGAUUUUCAGCGUUACUUAUGCUCUUCUCAUCGAAACUGAUUAGAACCACCCUUAGCCUAUGGUUGCUGUUCUUUGGGAAUGCAUUUUCAUAUUAUGGUAUUGUAUUGCUGACCUCUGAGCUGAGCAGUGGGCAAAGUAAAUGUCGUCACUCAAUUGGUUUGCAUUCAGAAAAAAUUCGGGGUUCUAGCCUCUACGUGGAUGUAUUUAUCACUAGCUUAGCAGAGUUCCCUGGACUUGUUUUAUCUGCAAUUCUUGUCGACAGAAUCGGCCGCAAACUUUCCAUGGUGAUUAUGUUUGCGAUGGGUUGCAUUUUCCUGCUUCCACUGGUUUUUCAUCAGAAGGAGAUUUUAACAACAUGUUUACUGUUCGGGGUGAGAAUGUGCAUCAUGGGAACCAUUACUGUUGCCAAUAUUUAUGCCCCUGAGAUAUAUCCAACAUCUAUAAGAGCAACUGGCUAUGGACUCGUGAGUGCUGUGGGAAGAAUCGGCGGCAUGAUAUGCCCUCUUGUGGCCGUUGGAUUGGUAACUGGUUGUCAUCAAACAGCUGCAAUCCUUCUGUUUGAGGCUGUGAUGGUCGUUUCAGGGGUAUCUGUUAUGCUUCUUCCACUCGAAACCAACGGAAGGGAGUUGACUGAUAUUGUUGCUGUCCCUGAAUGAUUUAUGCAGCUCUUUUGAGCCCCCUCUUCUGUAUCUCUCUCUAGCCUGUUAAUUAUUCGGGCUCAGCAUGUGAAUUUCUUAAGCGAAUUUCUGUUAAGAAAUUGACAUGGCUGGUGUCCAGGUCUGCCCGAGGGUCUGUUUGCUUUAGAUUGGCGUUUGUGUUUGCCGAAGCACAAUACAUAGAUUGUGGAUCGAUCCAGAAUUAAAUUCACACUAGAAAUAUGAUCGCAAGUCACAUAAUUCACAUUUUGAA